AUAAACGUUAUCAGUAGAAAAUAAAGUAUCAAAUAAAACAUUUUUGUGUAUGGUUAUAUUAACACUGAAUUAAAAAAUAAUCUUUGAGUAUAGUGAUCAAUAGUUUGGUGAAAGCAUAACCAGGAUGGUCAUUUCAUACGUCAUAAAGAUACUUAAUAUAACUUCAUCAAUUUGAUCAAUAUUAUAGGGAAAUCCGUGAUCUCUAAAGUACGGCGAAAUUUUCACAUAUGCAAAUAUUGCCGGAAAUAUCGUAAAGCAUAGACAACAAAUAUGUAUGUUUUAAGAAGCGUUUGUAGAUGUGGUUUACACAGCCAGGGAUUAAUUAAACAAAUAACAAUGGGGAAACCUGUUUGGAAAUCCAAAAUGAACUCAGUUUCUUCAAUACAGGGAGUAUAUGUUCAAGUAAGGAAUUUAGCUACAAAGGACGAGGUUGACGAAAACGUGAAGAAAUUCAGAUCUGGAAAUUAUGAAACAAUCCCAGACCCUCAACGUUUGCAACACUUCAAAAAAAGCCAAGGAAAUGAUUCAACAAUACCAAAAGAUGAAACUCCUCCAAUUGGAGCAAAUGCGUUGCCUCAUCCAAUAUGGUCUGAGGAAGAAGUCCAUAAUGUUGAAGUUACACAUAAACCUCCAGAGGGUAAAGUUGACAAGAUGGCCUAUUAUACUGUAAAACUAAUGAGAGGAACUUUUGAUACACUGAGUGGUUUCAACAGAGGGGAAAGAAACGAACGCAAAUGGGUCCUACGAAUAUGUUUCCUAGAAACAGUUGCGGGUGUCCCGGGUAUGGUGGCCGCCAUGUUAAGACAUUUAAGUUCUUUAAGACGAAUGCAAAGAGAUUAUGGUUGGAUCCAUACUCUUCUAGAAGAAGCAGAGAAUGAAAGAAUGCACCUUAUGACAGCAUUGCAGCUACGUAGACCAACAAAGAUAUUUAGAUUGGGCGUGGUUGUAUCACAGGGUGCUUUUGUUACCAUGUUUAGUUUGGCUUAUUUAAUAAGUCCUAGAUUUUGCCACAGAUUUGUUGGAUACUUGGAAGAAGAAGCAGUAAUUACAUACACUAAAUGUGUGCAGGAUAUACAUCAUGGUUCCAUGCAACACUGGAAGACACAAUCGGCUCCAGAAUCUGCUAUUACUUACUGGAAAUUACCGGAUAAUGCCAAGAUGUUAGAUGUGAUCCUUGCCAUUCGUGCAGAUGAGGCUCACCACCGGGUGGUCAAUCACACACUAGCUUCAUUGAAAGAAGAUGACUACAAUCCAUAUAAACCAGGAAAAUGAUAGCUAAUACUAUUAUCGUGUUAAGUUGACCAAUAAGAUAUCCAGACAUGUUAGUUCUCGCCAUCUGUCAUUUUAAGGAAAUAAAAUGGUUUGAAAAAAGAAUUGCCAGCCAGAAUGGUUAGUCAUGGACCGCUUUAAAAAACAGACAGAUUUUUAUACAAAUGGAUUUCAAUCGUUUUUCUAAUGUCUUUAUGGCUUUUUUGUAAAAAUACUCGGACUUUUUUCCUCCGUAAUCUAUGGAAUCAAAUGUUAACAACUGUCUAGUACUCCAAUGUACUGUAUCUAUAUAGACGUUUUAUAAAUUAAAUCAUUGUAAUAAAUGUUUUAUAAUCAA